CUGCACACGCUGGCGUCGAGUUUAAGAGAGACUUUCGAUCGCCGAUGCUUGUCGUUGUAUCGUAGUAGUUUGAGAAGAAACGAUGGACAUAAAAAGAAAGGCUGCUGAAAUGGCUUUGAUGCCAACAAAAAGAAGAAAAAACGAACUUGUUGCUGCCACUGAUCAGCAUAGACAGUUAAUGGAAUCGGGUCCACCAAGGACAUCAAGUAUGUUAGCUCCAAUCAUGUUACUCACUGGACACGAAGGAGAGGUUUACACUGGAAAAUUUCAUCCUGAUGGUCAGAGUAUGGCCACCGCUGGGUUUGACAGACUAAUCUAUAUGUGGAAUGUUUAUGGAGAAUGUGACAACUAUGCAGUAUUGAAGGGUCAUCAAGGGGCAAUUAUGGAUCUACAGUACAACACAGAUGGAAGUAAUAUUCUCACAGCUUCAACAGACAAAACCAUUGCAUUAUGGGACAGUGAAACAGGUGCCAGAAUCAAGAGGUUAAAAGGUCACACAGCAUUUGUCAAUUCCUGCUACCCAGCCAGAAGAGGACCCCAGAUGAUAGUUAGUGGGGGCGAUGAUGGUACAAUAAGGUUAUGGGACAGUCGUAGGAAGGGAACUAUUCAAACAUUCCAGAAUACAUACCAAGUGUUGUCCGUCACAUUUAAUGACACGAGUGAUCAGAUUAUCUCAGGCGGUAUAGACAACGUACUUAAGGUAUGGGAUAUCAGGAAGAAUGAUCUAGUUUAUAAGUUGUCUGGCCACACGGACACAGUCACAAGUACAGUAUUGAGUCCUGAUGGAUCAUACGUUCUUUCAAAUUCCAUGGAUUGCACCGUGCGUAUUUGGGAUAUCAGACCAUAUGCACCAAACGAAAGGUGUGUAAAGAUCUUCCAGGGAGCACAACACAACUUUGAAAAGAAUUUACUUCGCUGUGCUUGGGCACCUGAUGGUAGCAAAGUUGCAGCUGGGUCCUCUGAUCGAUUUGUAUAUAUUUGGGAUACAACAACGCGAAGGAUCUUGUACAAACUACCAGGUCAUUCUGGAUCAGUUAAUGAUGUUCAUUUCCAUCCACAUGAGCCAAUCUUACUUUCGUGUUCCAGUGACAAAUCAAUUUUCCUUGGUGAGAUCAUGUGAUCGUCUUGUAGUCCCAGCAAUCGUACACUCCCAAUGGUAACAACAGGGCAACACUUGUAUCAUGUGUCAAGAGGCAAAUGCUCGUGGUUGUCAUUAAUAAGGAGUCGGUUUAGGUGGUGCCACUCAGUUGUCGUCAGGCAAAUAUUACAACAUUUUAAGUCAACAUCGUUUUUGCCUCUGAACAGUUGCAAGAUGAAGAAAGUGUUCAUUAUUCUAAAUAUGACAAAAUGUCUAAUUCAAUCUAAAUUUUUCAUCAAGUCAUUGAUGACACCAGUAUGUGUGGGGUGGAGGUCAAAGGGAAGUUUCUUUCCAUCAUCAAACUUACACACGAUCAGUCGUCAGGCUGAAAAUAUUAAUUUACCGAUCAAAACAAAUUAUUGUGAUCGCAGAACUUAUGAUUGUUGUCUAAAGGCAACUUUUGACCACACCCAACAGGUAAAGUAUUUUAUUUAGGACUUUGGCGAAAACUAUAUACGACCUUGGAGUUGCUGGAAGCCUGUCAGCAAAUUUCUGGAGCCUCCUUGGUGUUGCAGUUUGGCCUUUGAUGGUCACCCAUAGUGUAGCUCCUGAUACUGGUAUUUAUGGGUUGAUACUGUAAAAUAUGUGUAUAGAACGUCACAGCUGGAAAUCACUCAUGCUGAAAAUAGAAUUCAAAGAAAAGUGUGGAACUUGACUUUUUUUUUCUCUUUACAUACAAUUUUACAAGUAUUUGUAAUAAAUACUAUUAAUGUUUUAAGACUUUUAUAGUUUGCUCAUUCCCUGCAUAUUUAUAAGCUGCAAUGAGUAAUGAUGCCCAUAUAUAGUCAUGAUGUGCCUAUGUAUGGUCAUGAUGUGAUGUCAUCAUGACCAUAUUUUGGCAUAUUACAUAUUUUUUGUCAAAUCAAAUUUGAUAGUUGGCAACCCUUGAUUGCUAGUAUGUUGGCUAGCUAGUUUAUACAAAUCAUGACAUUUAUUGUUCCUGUGUGUUUGUGAUGCACCGGGUAAACUAUAUUGCGUCAACAGCACUGCGUGUGAGGGUGUCAGCAUGCAGUAAUCGGAACUUGGAAAUAGAGGUAACAUGCAAGAUAUACUUUAUUGCGUUUUGAAUAAAACAUUGUUUCUAAUA